ACCGGUUUUUCUCGGUGUACUCUCUUCCAGCUGUACAAUCAAAACAAAAGCGAUUGGGGAGCUUUUGGCGCUCUGCUUUUCGGCUUUGUCGCCGAGCUUUGCACACUUUUUAUCAAUCGGUCAAGAACGUUUGACGAGCGCAGACCAACAAAAAUAAUCCAACAAAACGCUAAAGAGACUCCAGAAUACAAAACCAGUGUAUUGGGCGGCACAUAAAAGCACACAUGCACACACAAAGUGUUAUAACCAAAAUAAAAGAGAGAAGGAAAACAAUUAAAGUGUACCGAGAAGAUUAAAAUAAAUCCGAAAACCAAAAAACCAAUAGGUUUGUCAUAACAGAAACAAGUUUUUUGAAUUAGCCGCAUUUAACGAAUCGAACUAGUUUCCGAGGCAACGAUAUAAAAAACUAUACCAAUUUGCAUAAAUAAAUAAAGCAACAAACAUAAACGCUGCCAAACUUGACGAAUGCUUUGGAAUUCGCCUACCGAAUAAUAUAAACGUGUGUAUCGGUGUGUGCGUAUAAUAUAUAAAUUCUUAUUAGAACCCCACACUCCAAAACAAAAAGAACAAAAAUAAAAAUACAAACGAGAGCGCAGAGAGAGCAAAAAGCCCCAAGCUCAGGCUCCGUUCUCUCUUCCAUCGAUCAGUUGUUCGCUUGCCGCUCAGCUGCUCGGUCGAAACUUGGGAAAUCAACCGCAAAAUUGACAACAAUCCGAAGCGAAUAAAGUAGCUGAAAGAGCAAACAAAGCUAAUCAGAAUUUGUUGUAAAUUUUUGCCAUUAAUUUAGAAACGAGUUUCAACAAAAAUUAUUGAGUGCCAACCCGCAGUACCGCAGUACGGAAUAAUACAAAUAGUAAAUUACCAACGACUUUGUCGCCCCACUGAUAAGAUUUCUCCCCCUUAUCAAAAUUCGUGUAUGUAGCAAACCGAGUGUUUGGUUUGGUGUGCUGUGCUUCGGAUGAGAUAUACUACAAAUGUGCUUCAUUAUAAAUAAAUUUUCGUCUUAAUCGCCGCAUGUGUGACCUAGUUAAAAAAACAACUCACACUCACGCAUGAAAUAACAAUGAAAUUUACAUAUAAACGUGGUCCGCACCAUAUGCAUAAUAAUUAAUAACGAAAAGCGAAACCGAGAAUGUGGAUGAGGAAAAAUUAAACAAAAAUACAAUAUCAAUUAAUUUGUAAACACCGCGAGAGGAAUUUGUUUAAACCGUGUGCAUUUAAUUGAAAAUCUUCGAGGAAGUAAUUUAAAAACGCUUUUACAACAAAUCAACACAGCAACUUUUUCUGGCUUGUUUAUAGGCAACGGGGUGUAAAAACGAACAAAACAGAUAAGAUACUACAAUAUAACGCCGGGCCUGGGCGCCCAUCUAGAGAAGGAGAGAGAGGAAGAAGUAGCAGCUAUAAUCCUAGAUCACAGCGGGACUGCCCGCGAGAUACAAUGACAGAGAAUCAGCUGUAUCCCAUGUCAUCGGAGUUCUUUGACACCGGCUCGAACAGCAGCAACAACACACUCAAAUACGAUCUGUAUUCCCUGGGCUCCACCGUUGUGGGGGCGGCCCUGCCCACGUUGACCAUCAACACGGGCUAUGGCAGCAGCAGCAUCAACAGCAACAAUAACAACACUAAUAACAACAACAACAAUAACAACAGCAGUAGUCACAGCAGCAGCAGUAGCAGCAACUGCUCCACCAGCACCACAAAUACCUGUAAUGUAAUGCUAAGUACAACGGCCAUAACAAUACCACGCAGUAGCAACCACAACCAGAUCCAUCAUCAUCCGUAUCAGCAGUCAGAUUUGCAGACACCACGCCAUCAUCCCAGUCCACUACACACCUUGCCCAGCAUGACCCACCAGCAAAAUCAGCUUCAGCAGCAGCAACAGCAACACCACAACCAACAGCAGCAGCAGCAGCAACAGGAGCAGCUGCAGCAAUCGCAUUUGGCACUGGGUGAGCUUUCGGACUUCGGGCUGGAUGCCCUGGAUGCCGCUUCGCUGUCGCCCACCCUGCUGCAGGAUGUGAGCCUGAGUGCCGUUUCUCCCCUAAGCUCCACACUGUACAAUGGCAACACCAGUGGAGCAGGCAGCAGCAACGGCUUAGGAUCCGGCAGUGGUGGCUACUUCACGCCCGACAUGUCGCACAGCCUCAGUCUGAAUGUGGUCAGUGAGCAGGUACUGCUGCAGGAAGCCGCUACCACGAAUGAGUUGCUCUACGAGAUGACACCCAAUUCGAAUGCCAUGUGGAGUGAUAUCAGCAGUGCCAUUAUCCAUACCAAACACGAGCCAUUCAGCCUGGACGAUGACUACAUCUUUCCCAACGAUAAGGCCGAAAUCCAGGCGGCCGAUCUGUCUGAUCUAAAUGGUGGCGAUUUCCUGGAUGUGAUCGGAAACAUAGAGGAUUUCUUGCCGCAGACCACAGUCACUCAAAGUGUCAAUUUCCUAUUGUCGCCGCAAGCCCAAGGACAGGAUGCCCUGGUGGCACCGCCCAUGGAACUUUUGCAACAGCAACAACAGAAUCACCAGCAGCUGCAGGUUGGCAGUCUGCCGCAGUUGCAAACGCUGCUCACGCUAUCCCAGCAACAGCAGUCGAACAGUUCCUCCACUAGUCCGUAUGAGAUCUAUCACAGUACGCCCCAAAAGCCGCAGCAGCAGCAGCAGCUGUCCGCCAGCUUCUCGCCCGGCAGUCAGGCAUCCCAAUCGCCAUUGACCCCACCGCCACCACCGCACGCCAAUCGACCCCAAUACCAGAUGGUUAAGUCGCGCAACAUGCAGGAAUUGAUUAAGAAGGGCUUUCCCAUGUCCUCGCCGCCAGAGCGCUCGAUCCUAAGUCAAUCUGCCGCCCUGAGUCCGGGUGGUAGCAGUGGUUUUGGCAGCUCGGCUUCUGGCAAUAGUACAACUACCAGUAAUCAGACAUCCGGAUCAGCCGUGCGCAAAUCAUUUGGCUACCAGAGCGCCGUGGAGAACUCCCAGCUGAGUCGCCUGAGCUCAUCGGCUCCCACGCACUUGGGAUUGGAGCACAUCUGGAUGCGACGUGAGCCACGACAGCAUUUACUCUCAACCGGCUCGCUGGCCGAGGCCGAGAGCUUCUCAUCGCUGAGCACGGGCAGUGUCUUGUCCCCGGAUGGCAUUGACUUCUCGCAGGACGAUGAGGAUGACAAUUCGAGUGAGAACAGCGAUGACUACAACGAUUUCAGCAGCGACAAUGGACUCUCUGGGGAUGAAGAUGAAACGCGUACCUCGACACCAAACCAUUUGUCCAGUAGCAAGGGCAAGGAGCGAUUCUUCUGGCAGUACAAUGUGCAGGCCAAAGGACCCAAGGGAAAGAGACUGGUCUUUCAAUCGAAGCUCGAGGAUCCUCAUGUGCUGAACGAGGUGACAGACCCCGUCUUCAGUCCAACUUGCUCCGUGCGAGGCAUUAAGGUGUACAAGCACAGUGGCAAGGCCCGCAAGGGCGAUGGUAACGAUUUAACACCCAAUGCCAGGAAGCUGCACAAUAUUGGCAAGGAAUUGGACAAGCUAAGUCGCACCAUCAACGACAUGACGCCUGUUUCCGAGCUGCCAUUCAAUGUGCGCCCCAAGUCGCGCAAGGAGAAGAACAAGUUGGCCUCACGCGCCUGUCGUCUGAAGAAGAAGGCGCAGCACGAGGCCAAUAAAAUUAAGCUAUUUGGCCUUGAAAUUGAACACAAGCGCCUCAUGAACGGUAUAGCUGAGCUAAAGCAGGCCUUGGUCGUCAAGCAUCGCACCAAGAACCUGGGCGAAUCCACCGAGGAGGUGGAUCAACAAAUUGCACGCAUUUACGCUACCGCCUCGUCUGGAAUUCGCAUUGCGGGUGGCUCAACCGAUUUUGUGAACAAGGUGCUGGAGAACAUGCGCGGAGGCAUGCCAAAUGGAGGACUCGAAGAGCUGCGUAAAUCGUCGUAGACCAAACCAGGAAAAAUGUAAAGCUAACGAACCGCCCAUCAAGCUUAGUCUUAACAACAGCGCCAACUUUAUACACACCACCAAAACAACUGAAACCCAUUCUACGACAGGAUGACAAUUGGAAUUGUGGAAUGGAAUCAGUCUAAAAACAGGAAACAUUUUCUUGAGCUCGGAAUUAGUCGAGAAAAUUCUUUAUUGAACCUCCUUCCCUCCUCAAAACACAACGUUCUGUUAAAUUGUUCUCCUUAAGUGAUAUAAUAUUGAUAACCAAGAUAUAACUGUGAUUCAAAGAGCCUGGGCUUUAUAUGUUUUGUAUGGCAGAAAAUUGAAGAAAAUAUUUUUUACUUUUUCGCAACCACGCCGAAACCGGAAAGCCAGAGCCAAACAAACGUAAACAAAAAAAAAAAGAAGAAAAUUCCUUUUGAAAAUGCAACAUUAACAAAUAGAAAGAAACAAAACAAACACGUAAAGAAAGAGGCAACCACGAAACUGAAAAGAAAAUGUGAAAAAAUACAAAAUUUCGUUUAGCCAUUAAGUUUGUUAAGAAACGGAGUGUUAGACAAGCAAGUGAAUUUUGUAGGGCUUUGCUACCAGUUUUACCUGCUUAACGAAUAAGGGUAAACAUUCAUUUGAUUGGAUUGGAAGAAUAUAUCGGGAAUGCUAAGAAUUAAUGAAACAUAAGUUAAAUACAACUGCGAUUUAUCUGUUUAAGUUUUAAAUGCUAUAUUAACGAUGUAUAAUUUUGGUUCAAUGUUUUAGUCAUAGGUUUUUACAUUUAACUCAAUGUGGGGAGAGAGCUUUUAUAUAGAUCAUAUGAACCUACAUAUUACAUUUAUCGGUUAUAAUGAUUGUUUUGGCCCUCAUCCAAUAUAUAUUUUAUGGUCCUAGGUUGUCUUUUUUAAGUUUUCCAUUUUGUUAAUGAAAGUUUGAUGGUUUCCAAAUAAGAAUGUUUUGCGAAACUUUAUUAAUUUACUUAAAUGCUAUAACUAUAUAUACAUAUACAUACAUGCGUGGUGAUAUAAUUUUAAUUUUUCUUUUUAUGCUUUUAUUUCUUGAUGUUAACUGUAGGAUUCAAUAUGCUUGAACUCGACAACUGAGAAUGAAAUAAUUUUAAGUUUUUCUAUUAUCCAUACGAUUUGCUUAUGCUUAUGAAAUACCUUCAAUAUAAAUUAUAAUUUAUUAAUUUUUAGGCACACAUGAAAACAUUUUCAAGGCUUCAGUUUUUAUCUUUCACUUGCGGGCUACUCAAAAAAAACAAAAAAAAAAAUAUAAGAAAAAACACCAAACAAAAAAGUAAUCCAACUUUGAGUUUUAUUCUAAUUUGCAUUAUCAAAAUGAAUACUUUUGCUCUGCUUCGAUGCUAAUUUUGUGAUAUUUGUAUUCAAAUUUUCUUUGUUGUGUAGUUCUUUUGGGCGGGAUCCUCCUCUUUUGGGUUUUAUUUUCAAUUUAAUAUUUGUAGCCUUUCUUACUGCUAUUUGUUGCUUAACGUGUUGUGUUCAAUUGAUAUCAAAAGAAUAAACUUUCGAAAGAAAAAAGUACAUUCUAACUGAGGAAAGUGGAAAGAAAACGAGAAUGAGUAUGAGAACGAAAAUACAAAUUACAAAAGUGAUUCAAGUUAAAAACUUAGAACUUAGGUACUCGUAUCACCCACAGCGAUGAACACGUGGACAUAACAAAUUGUAGUUGUUAACAUAGGCUUAAACAAAUAUAAUAUAAUAAAAACCGAUAGAGCGCACAUUCAUUAUACAUCGAUACGCAAAAUUGGCCAUCAGUUUUUACGGUUUUCAAAUUCAUGUCUUGGGAUCGAACUCAUUACAUAAGUGAUAAGAAUUCAAAAUUACAAUUUAGAAUUUUAGAAACAACCAGAUAUCCCACACACACACACACACACACACAUACACACCCACACACAAAGUACAAGCGCAAGCAAAAAUACAGAUUAUAUAUGAUCGAUCUAUGCAUAUAUCAUAAUUAAGUCAGGUUGCUUAGGUUUUAGGAUGGCUUUGUGUAGAAAGUACAGAGUAAAGCAAACAGAAUUCAAGGCGAAGCAGCAUUGAAAUAAGCACGACAGUUCCUCAGUGUUUAAUAUUGUAUAAAAAACAUAUUAAAUAUAUAUAUAUAUUUAAAACAAAACAUGUAUACCUAAAUGUUACGGAUAUUGUAAAUGUGUGUGCUUUAUAUAAAUGUGCUUCAGAGAAAACAACUUUUAUAUACAUAACGAAACUAAGCAAACUACCUCAAAACACGUUGGAAAUGAAGUUCAAGUUUCAUAUUCGGUGGAGAAGCAAAAGAAUUACAAUUUGAAAGUAAAUAUAAUUUAUAUAAUAAUAUGAGAAAAAACCAAGAGCCUGAUUCAUGUGUCCAUUUAAAGCAUAUAUACAUAUAUAUAUAUAUCUAUAAUAAUAACAGUGCAUAAUUAUGUAUUUUCAAAUUCUUAAAAUUAGGUAUAAUACAAAAAAAAUUCAAAUUAGAUAGUUGAUGCGCUCGACGAAGCCACGAAGAUCACACAACGAAAGUUCUUUUGGCAAGUGCAUUACCAGAACCAAAAAUCGAAAACAAAAUAAAAAAGGUUUGAAGUGUCGAAGAUGGAUCAAUUGAAACAAUACCAGAAUAUUAAUAAACAAUUAAAAAAAAAAACCAAACAACUGUGUUGAAAAUUGAAAAUUUUGUAUGCAUACGCAAUAAGCGAACAUUAAAAAGAAGUGAAACAUAACUAUUAUGUCUAAAUAAACACACGUCAGAUGUAUGUACGUCAAAGGAAAACCAUUGUCUAUAUAUUACAACUACUAAAUACAUACCAAAUUGAAUACAUAUUGAUGAAAAAUAAUAAAUACUGGCGAAAGCAGAAAAACACAA